GCCAGCUGGUUUGCAUACUUGGACUCGUGAUAACGCCUCCCUAACAAUGACCUACUUGUUCCUUUUGCUCACUAUUCACAUUAACUUUCUCUUUUAAUUCAUUAACUGUAUAUAAAUAUUUGAAAACCUUAGUAAGUUCUCAGUCUGAUAAGAGUCGUAUAUAUAUUUUUUAUUUUAAUAUGCAUAGGCUAUUUUUAAAACUGCUCCAAGUUCUCGGAUUGAAAUUAGUCGUAUAUAGUGCUCGGGCUUGUUUGCUUACAUGACUUGGCGGAGCAGACUGACUCCCCGAUGGACCCGAGUACCGCCGGCCACCUGGACUUCUACAUCGGCCUAUGUCUGGCCGUUGGUUCGAGCGCCUUCAUCGGCAGCAGCUUCAUCCUGAAGAAGCAGGGGCUACUGCGCCUAGCGCAGAAAGGCUCCACAAGAGCAGGACAGGGUGGACAUGCUUAUCUUAAGGAGUCCUUAUGGUGGGCUGGGCUCCUUUCAAUGGGGGUGGGAGAAGCGGCCAAUUUCGCUGCUUACGCCUUUGCCCCCGCCACCCUGGUGACGCCGCUGGGAGCCUUGAGUGUUUUGGUGAGUGCAGUGCUGUCCUCGUACUUCCUCAACGAGCGGCUGAACAUUCACGGCAAGGUGGGCUGCUUGCUGUGCAUCCUGGGCUCCACGGUCGUGGUCCUCCACGCCCCGCAGGAGGAGGAGGUGGUGUCCCUGAGCACACUGGCUGAGAAGCUUAAGGAGCCAGGGUUCAUUGUGUUUGCCGUGGGUGUCGUGGCCAGCAGCCUGCUGCUGAUCUUCUUGGUCGCCCCGCGCUACGGCCAGAAGAACGUGCUGGUGUACAUCCUGAUCUGCUCAGCCAUCGGCUCGCUGUCCGUGUCGUGUGUAAAGGGCCUGGGCAUCGGCAUCAAGCAGCUGUUUGGGGGGAAGGCUGUGCUGAGAGACCCCCUGUUUUGGAGCUUGCUGGUGGGCCUGGUGCUUUGCAUCAGCACACAGAUAAACUAUCUGAAUAAGGCCCUGGACAUCUUCAACACCUCCGUGGUGACACCCAUCUACUACGUGUUCUUCACUACCGCCGUCGUGGCAUGCUCUGCCAUCCUCUUCCAGGAGUAGUUGUGGAUGACGCUGGAACGGGCCGUGGGAACCGUGGGUGGCUUUCUGGGCAUCAUCCUGGGCAUCUUCCUUCUGCAUGCCUUCAAGGAUGUCCCGUUCUCCUGGGACACUCUGCCGAUCUUCCUCCGCCAGGGCCACCAGGGGGUGCUGUGGCGCCAGACGUACGUUGCCCUGCUACAAGAGGACACACCAGUGGACGAGUGAGCCAUAGCAUUCACCCCAGUCAGGAGGAGUGAUACGAUGCUCCUCCCUAGGCGAUAUUGUAUUCACACAGAGGACAAUGUAGCGUCUGUACCAACAGACGUUUCCCACAUGCUGCACUUCACAGGAACACAAACGCAGCUUGUCUGCAUAUGACACUGUUACCUUCAUCAAAGAUCCUAGUAUUCUGUAGGUUUGUCUUGAACAUGCAUUUCAGCUGCCUACUUUUACAGCACAGGCUGAGUUCUGCUCAAAAUAUUUAUUUUACCCUUAGGCCUAGUUGUGCAUUUUCUCAGAUCCACUCUUCUGUUCAUCCAUCGCAAAUGGAUCAACCUCGCUUCAUCUAGGCUCUGAUGAAUCACACCUGAUCUCAGACAGAUAGGAACUCAUGAGGUUGGACAGAAAACCUGCUGGAUACCAGCACUCCAGGCCUUCGCCUGAUCUAGGGUCAUAUAAACAGGCGUGUACUCAGCUGGAAUAGAAAAGUGAGGUCAGAUAUAACUUAAGGACAUUUAACCAGACUUAAGAAAUGACAUGCAUUGUAUGUGACACUAUUUAAAAUACAUAAAUACUAUAUCUACAUUAACUGCUAUAAAAUGGGUAUAAAAGGUAUAUACAUAUAUUAAUUAAUUAAUAUUUAUGCAUGAAUAUACAUACAUACACUAUACUACAUACACUAUAAUAAAUAUACAUACAUACACUACCAGUGAAAAAUUUUU